AUGCUGCUCCCUCGACGCCGGAUCACCUCCUUGACCAUUCUAGGCUUGUUCACCCUUACGCUCUACCAACUCUCGACAUACUGGACAGGGUCACACAACCUGCCUGUGGGCAUUCGACACAAAUUGAAGCCUGAAGAUGCGAAAUUGACAGGAGAAACCCCGUCCUCUAACGUCCCAGCGGCCGAUCAGCCUUCCUCCACCUUAUCAGAGCCUCGACCACCUGUGCCUGGCGCCGCGGAAUCUCCACAGAUUGAGACUCCAUCUGAUCAAACAACAACACGCCCAGAAGGUGGGGAAGUGAAUAGGUGGGAUUCAGGGCAACAUGUCUUCGCUGGAAAGAAGUUUGUUGCCAAGUAUCCCGUGAAGUUGGUCCAAGAGCUGCCCAAAGGAGCGCCUCUUUCGUUACCGAAGCUACAAUACGACUUCGAAGAGGAAGAGGAGGGUGCGAAAGCAACCCGAAUAGAGAGAUUGGACGCUGUGAAGAAGAGCUUCGCCCGCUCAUGGGGGGCGUAUAAGGAGCAUGCCUGGAUGAAAGAUGAGCUGAAGCCCAAGUCAGGCGGCUCACAGGAGAGCUUCGGAGGCUGGGGAGCCACGCUUGUCGAUACUCUUGACACGCUUUGGAUUAUGGGCAUGAAAGAUGAGUUCGAGGAGGCGGUUGCCGCCGCGAAGAAAAUUAGUUUCUAUAAUUCUACCUCUCACCAAUUGAAUGUCUUCGAGACUACUAUUCGGUAUCUAGGAGGAUUUUUAGGAGCAUACGACAUAAGUGAAGGUAAAUACCCUGAGUUACUUGAAAAGGCAACCGAAAUUGGUGAGCUACUGUAUUGCGCCUUCGACACCCCCAACCGAAUGCCUUCGACGCGGUGGUCUUGGCGGGAAGCAUUGAAUGGAGCAGAUCAACAAGCCAGUCCUCACACCAUUGUUGCAGAGGUCGGAUCACUUACUCUCGAAUUUACGCGCCUAUCUCAGAUAACAGGAGAUCCCAAAUACUACGACGCCGUCGAUCGUAUCAUGCGAGAAUUCCAGAAAGCCCAAUCUCAAACCCGUUUACCUGGUCUCUGGCCCACCAUAGUCAACUCGAAGCACCUCACAUUCAAAGACACUGGUUUCACACUCAGCGGUAUGGCUGACUCUCUCUACGAAUACCUUCCGAAAGAGCAUCUUCUCCUCGGCGGUAGAAGUGAAGUAGUCGACUACAAAGCAAUGUACAAAUACGCCAUCACUGCAGCCAUGAACCACAUCUUCUUCCAGCCAAUGGUACCCGACGGCGCCGACAUACUCUUUCCAGGGGAUACCACGGUCAGCAGCAGCGAAGGCGAACCCAUCAACGCCCACUUCAAGGCAAAUGCCCAGCAUCUCGGCUGCUAUGCCGGCGGAAUGGUAGGCAUGGGUUCCAAGCUCUUCGAUCAGCCCGAACACCUCAACAUGGCCCGCAAACUUGUCGACGGCUGCAUUUGGGCCUACGAGACGAUGCCCACGGGCAUCAUGCCUGAAUUCUCGGAAAUGAUCCCGUGCAACAUGAACUCCGACUGCAAGUGGAACCAAACUCUGUGGGAGGAGAGACUCAAGGAGAAAGCCCCCUCCAUCGACAACCUCGAGGGCGACUCGAAGAAACGACCCGUGGAGCGCGUGAUGGAGAAUCUGCGCCUCAGACCCGGCUUCAUCGCCUUCCGCGACCGGCGAUACAUUCUCCGCCCUGAAGCCAUCGAAUCGGUAUUCAUACACUACCGGCUCACGGGCGCGAAGGAUCUGCCGGAGAAAGCAUGGAAGAUGUUCACCGCAAUCGAGAAUGCGACGAGGACGGAUAUCGCGAAUUCGGCUGUCAUGGACGUCACGAUUGAGGGGGGAAACUCGAGCAGCAGGAUAGCAUGGAGAGUUUUUGGUUGGCGGAGACAUUGA